GAAAUAGUCUCACACCUUAUGAGUGAUGGAUGACAUCUAUAUCAAUGUGGAAUAUAACAAGUCUGUUGACCCAAGACCUUCAACAAAUCAGACAGGUCCCAGGAGCUCAGAGAGGAGAUUUCCUGGAGCUGUUGUUCUCUGUCUGGGGCUGCUGAGUGUUUUCCUGCUGGCUGGGAUCAUCGGCCUUGGUGUCCACUACCAUGUGACAUUACGUGGAUCAGCUGCAGAGCUCUCCACUAUCAAAGCCAACCUGACUGAGCGUCUCCAGGCCAGUGAUAACAAGUCUUCUUCCCUGACUGAAGAGAGAGACCGGCUGAACUCCAGCCUCACUGAAAUGACUAAAAUGUUGGACAGGCUUAAACAGAAGCUCUCCACUAUCAAAGCCAACCUGACUGAGCGUCUCCAGGCCAGUGAUGACUUGGACAGGCUUAAACAGAAGCUCUCCACUAUCAAAGCCAACCUGACUGAGUGUCUCCAGGCCAGUGAUAACAAGCUGUCUUCCCUGACUGAAGAGAGAGACCGGCUGAACUCCAGCCUCACUGAAAUGACUAAAAUGUUGGACAGGCUUCAACAGAGUGGAUCAGCUGCCGAUCUCUCCACUAUCAAAGCCAACCUGACUGAGUGUCUCCAGGCCAGUGAUAACAAGCUGUCCUCCCUGACUGAAGAGAGAGACCGGCUGAACUCCAGGCUCACUGAAAUGGCUAAAGAGCUGGACAGGCUUCAACAGAAUAAAACGUGUCCUGCUGAAUGGAGGAUGUUCAGUUCUUCUUGUUAUCUCCUCUCUGCUGAGUCUGGUUCCUGGGAGAAAGGCAGACAAUACUGCAGAGACAGAGGAGCAGAUCUGAUGGUGAUAGACAGCUCUGAAGAGCAGACGUUUCUCUCUAAAUUCAUAAAACAAAAUGCUCGGUAUUGGAUUGGUUUGACUGACAGAGAUGAGGAGGGGACCUGGAAAUGGGUAGAUGGAACUCCACUGACUCUGAAGAACUGGAGGAGAGGGCAGCCUGAUAAUGGUGGUGGAGAUCCACAGUGGGGCGAAGAGGACUGUGCACAUAUUGGACCUUACACCGCUGAGUGGAAUGACCGGUCAUGUAUAUCUGUUAUGUACUGGAUCUGUGAGAAAAAAGCUUAACAUAGGUGUAUGUUAUGAGAUCAUACAUUUGAUAAUGCAUUUUACAGUGUAAGCUAUGAUCUCCCUCAUGAUAUGAUGUGCAUGUGUGCUUGUGUGUCCAUAACAGGGUAUCAGUGAACACAAAAUACUUGGACUAAUAUGUAUGUAUAAAAUGCCUGAAUAAUCUAUAUAUAAUAUAAGCUGCAAUGUAACCAAUUCCUCUUCAGUCUAGUGUGUGUCACACAUGCGUAUAUGGGGACUGUUGUUUGCAAUCAAUAAAUAAUCCUUUAAAAUCAGAGACAAAGACUGGUGUGCAUGAGGCUCUAUAGUAAGAGUGAUAUUCAUCAUACAAAGAGUUUGCAUGUUUGUUUUACUUCCUUUACAACAUUUUUAAAGCAGUAACAUUUACUCAGUGUGCGUUUUAACUGACCUAAUUACUUUACUUGAAUACAAUAUUCUGGUAAUGUUUCCACCUGUUUAAAUACAAAUCUCAUGUCUUCAUCACAGGCCACAGCAACCCUAGUCUCACAUUGCCAGACCUAUCUCCACAGCGCUGCGGUGGAAGGUCUGGCCCCUCCACACAUACACUGUUAACGCAAUACAGUACACAUACAUGGUUCAACAUAAUUUGCUUUUACUAUUGUAUCGCUGUGUGUAUUUUGACCAUAGCGAAUCUCCACCAAUAGGUCCGUCCCAAAACAUCCCAGUUUAAGAGUAAUUGCCAUAAACCUAUUCUUUCUUUACAA